AUGGCGCCGCAGCCGCAAGGCGGAGGCCCUCGUAUAACAGCAACGGGCGAUAUUAUUUGGCCUGGGCCCAACCCCAGCACGCGACAGCAGGGUCUAGCGCUCCCUUUGGCUGCAGGAGGCCAGCAGCAGCAGCAGCAGCAAGGUAUUGCUUGUGUUUCUGCCUUCACAGUGCUGCUGUGUCUUAUUGGCCUUUGCCUCCACGAAUUCGCACAUGCGGCUACUGCCUACCAAGCUGGGGUGGAGGGCGUGGCUGAGUCGGGGUACCUGACAUGCGACUUGAUUCGCUACGUGGGGAUCCUUGACGUUCUUAUUUUUGUGUUCUUUGUGGCCACCGGAGGAAUCGUGUUGCCUGGAGGCAGAGUGAACAUAGAUGAACGCGCAGUGCGCAGCCGCGGGUGGAAAACAGCCAUAGCGCUGGCCGGGCCCGCCACCAACUUGCUGCUUGGCAUGCUGGGCAGUUUUUGUGUCCAAGUUUAUAUUUUAGCUGCAAGUGCAAAUCCUUCAAUCAUUCCUCUGCCUAUUAUCGGCCUUAUUUGCUUCAUUUUCUUGCAGUUCAUGUCGGCAGUGGUGAACCUCAUCCCCUUCCCUCCUCUCGAGUGA